UAUGGUUAUGGUGGGUUUUUUGAACGUCAUCCCGUGCAAAAUUGCGUUCGCAAAUUAAGAGCCGAAACUGGCAGAAACAGAAGAAUUUUGAUAUUGAGUCUGUGAGCCUACCUUGCAAAAAUGGAUAACACCGACAUAGAAAGAAGACACACUCCUCUCAGAGAAAUAACCAACACUCCGGAUCGGGGGAGCCAACCCAAACCAAGUAUCGAGGACCAACAGCAAUACACUCAACUGAUGAAGCAAGCCCGCAAAGCAGCAGAGGAGGGCCACCCCCGGGAAUCGCUGCAGUUCCUCAUCCGGGCAUCCAAGAUUGUCAAGACAGAGAAAGUUCUUAAGAGAAUCACCAGAAUUGAGGAAUACUUGAGGGAGAAUGGAUCAGAGUCAGAAUCUGACGAAGACAGCGGCAUGCAACACAUCGGCAAGGGGUUCUACCUUCAUGUGGACCUGUACAGCAAGCUCUACUCCUAUCAGAGGGAAGCCCUGAUGUGGUUCUGGAGGUUGCACCGUAAAAACAAGGGUGGGAUACUGGGCGAUGAUAUGGGCCUGGGCAAGACCAUCCAAGUCAUCUCCUUCCUGAGCGGCCUGUUCUACUUGGAUCAAGUCAAGACGGUUCUCAUCGUACUGCCGGUAGCACUCAUCAUCAAUUGGGAAAAGGAGUUUGACAAAUGGUCCCCAGGGAUUUUUGUUGAGUCCUACCACAGCAGCAGCAAGCGCGAACGUGAGCGAGCGUUGGCCAAGGUCCAGAGACGGGGCGGUGUCUUGCUGACCAGCUACGGCCUGGUGCUGACCAAUGCAGAGCUGCUGUCCCAUCGGCACGGUAACCCCUUCACCUGGGACUAUGUGAUUCUCGACGAAGGACACAAGAUCAAGAACCCCAGUAAGACCACCAAGGCAAUACAUAGAAUACCAGCGACGCACAGGCUCAUUCUGACGGGAACACCAAUUCAGAAUAAUCUUAAGGAGUUGUGGGCUCUGUUUGAUUUUGUCACUCAAGGAACGUUACUCGGAACGCUACAGACAUUCAACUCGGAGUACGCAAACCCAAUCACUCGGGCAAGAGAAAAGGAUGCGACGGGCGGUGAGCGUUGCCUUGGCAACCAGAUGGCAGAGAGCCUCCGUGAGCUGAUCGCUCCGUACUUCCUGAGGCGGACAAAGGCUGACGUAGUCAAGCGGCGGGAGGAAAGCUCCCAGAAUCCCCAGGAGGAAGAGGAAGCAGAGGAAGAAGACAGAGUACCUGAAUUUCCAACCCUGACCAGGAAGAACGACUUUGUGAUUUGGCUGUCCCUGACGGAUGCCCAGAUCAAAAUCUACCAAGAUUUCAUCUCACUGGACCAAGUCAAAGAGCUUCUGAUGACGAGCCGCUCGCCAUUGGUGGAGUUGACCAUACUGAAGAAACUCUGUGACCAUCCCCGUCUGUUGCCGGCCCGAGCUUGCAUCCAGCUGGGCUUAGAAACGGCCGACAACACUUGGGCGGAUGAAGACGACGAUGAUUCUGACGCAGCCAGAUCCAAGAACCGGACCUCCAACCCCGCCCUGCAGGCCAUGGCGGACGAGGUCCUGCUGACCGAAUCCUGCAAGCUCCAGUUCCUGGUCAGCCUACUGGUCAACCUCCGGCGGGAGGGCCACCGGACGCUGGUCUUCAGCCAGUCACGCAAGAUGCUGGACAUCAUCGAGAAGGUUCUCAAGAACCAGAACUUCCAAGCCAUGCGGCUCGACGGAACCAUCACCAAGCUGGACGACCGGGAGAAACGAAUCUCGUCGUUCCAGUGCAACAACGAGCUGUCGGUCUUUCUGCUGACCACUCAAGUGGGAGGAGUCGGCCUCACACUGACAGGGGCAGAUCGGGUCGUCAUCUUUGAUCCAAGCUGGAACCCAGCGACCGACAGCCAGGCCGUGGAUCGAGUCUAUCGCAUUGGUCAGACCCGGUCAGUAGUGAUCUACCGCCUCAUCACCUGCGGCACCGUGGAGGAAAAGAUAUACCGACGACAGAUCUUCAAAGAUUCCCUGACGAAACAGACUACCGGCACAUCCAAGAACCCCUACCGUUAUUUCUCUCGACAAGAGCUGAGAGACCUUUUCAUUUUGGACAAUCCCCGGGUAUCGACCACCCAGCAAGCGCUCGAAGAGAUGCAUGCAGCCCAGCGAAAGACAGACACACAGCUCGAUGAGCACAUCGCGUUCCUGUACUCACUAGACAUGUUCGGUCUGAGCGAUCACGACUUGAUGUUCUCCCAAGAGGCUGACACGGAAAAUACCGAAGAUCAAGAGCAAGCGGCUGAAUACGUACAGCACAGGGUAACCCGCGCAAAAGAGCUCGUCUUGGCCGAGUCCGACUUGUCUCAGAAGCUGAGAGACCAAGUCCUCCAAGACACAGAGGAACCGGGCAGCAUGCAGCGACACCAUCGCCAAUACGCCGACCGGCAAACGCUGCUGGACCACGCAGCGAAGCUGGGGCGAGAAGUCAAUGUACCAGCCUUCAAUAAACGACGCGACGACAACGAGAGGAAAAAUAGAUCACCAAGUGUCUCAGAGGAGGAACAGUCAGGAGACGAGGAGCAGUCGGAAGAAGAGCAAGAAGAGUUGAACAUGUCCAUGGCCAACAUGACCUUAGACAGAGACAUUGCCCCGCCUCCCCAGGGUCAACGCACUGUCAACCUUCUGUCGGACAGACCCCCGUCAUCCAACGCUGUUCCGAGUACCAGUGUCAUCUGCAUUGAAGAUUCUGAUGAUGACGACGGGAACGAGGCUGCGACAGACAUCGUCAGGCGAAAUGAGUCUGACCUGGGCGUCAUUGAGGACUCUGAUUCAGAGGUCAUGACUUCACCGAAGGUUAAGUCAGAGGUUACUUCCUCAGAGACCUCUGAGCACUUCGCAAACGAACAGGAGAUUCAUGAGGAGUCUUUCGCUUCUCCACUUGGGGAUGGCAAAUCUGACGUCAAAGGUGAGGUCAAGAUGCAAGAACAUUGGAAUGGUCCUGCUCAAGACCUGUGUCUGACUAUGGAAGAAGAGGCGUCAAGUCGUGAUCAGUCAACAGACUCAGAAAAAGCUCGGCUGAAACGGCUGGCCACAACUCCAAAAGAGUCUCUCGAGAAAAAGAGUCGCUUCUCCCUUACUCCUCAGAGCGAGACAAGAUCGCCUGGUUGCCUUGACAACUCUCCUGAUGCGGAAGGAGACAGCAUCCAGGAGAUAGCUCCCACACCGAGUCCCAUCAUCGAUCUGACAGAUUCUGAUGCAGUUGAGUCUGAGGCUGAUAUGUCAAAAAGCUUUGAGGAGAUCGAACACAGAACCAUUGCCACCUCGCCUCUAGCUGACAGCCGGCAAUCAUUGUCAACUGACAGUCCCCCAAGACCCAUUUCCACGGCAACCGAUGUCGGCGAACUGGAGAAAAAUCUUGAUUCAGAUUAUUACAUGGAAUCCGAGGAAGAUGAAGACUUCAAAAAGGAUUACUCCAACUUGUUUCCUGAAAACCAAAAGGCACCAACAAGCCUCAAAUCACCUGAUCCAAGACCAGGCUCAGCCCUUGAAGAAUCCUUCUAUGUGUCCCCGGAAAUUGAGCAGAGGAGUGUAGCCUUGUCACCAGCAGUCCAUUACAAAUCUUCACCAGAAAACUCCCCUGAGAAUACCUCCGUCAGGGCAGCAACCUCGGAGCCGACUGCUAGAGGCAGAGACGAUUGUACGGAACAAAGUAAAACCAGCAACGGCAGUGAAAUUACCAGAGGCAAAGUCUUCCAUUACAACUCGGAAAAUGAAAACAUUCACAACAACUGGAUGAGUAUUUUCAGAGAAGAUGAAGUACGCGAGAGGGUCAUUAACGUAACCCAUAAGCUCUCCUUUGAUGAAACCACAGUUGCCGAAAGAACAAAUGAUGAGGAUCAGACGCCGGAGCCAAGACUUGAAGGAACCGUGGAAUGGACUAUGGAACAGUCCGAAGACGAAAAGGAUCCACAGGAAGAGAAACGGAUGUCGCAACUUGAACAGAGCAUGACUGUCAUGAGCACGGCAUCUGGAGAUGAGCUUCCUGGAUAUGGUAACCAUGGCAACAAGGAGGAGGAGGAAUCUGAAGAUGACAUUGCUGUGCCGGUGUCCAGGAGAAGACGGGUCAUUGAAGAGAGCGAGGAAGAGGCGGAUGAGUCCGUCCGAGACGAGAUGGACGGGUCACUCCUUCAACAGUCUCCUGACCCAGAUGAAGAGGACCGGGGGCAUCGAGAUGGAGAAGAAGGGAAAGAUGUUGCCGAGAGUGAUGGUGGCGUUGACGAUGCAGCAGUUGAGGAAGAGCAAGAGGUUGAGGAACCCGAAGGGGAAGAUGUUCAAAGUGACCUAGAAGAGGAUGUUGAGGACGAUGGCGAUGAAUACGAGGACAGCUUCAUCGAUGACCAGGAGCACAGUGAUGAAGUGAGCGCUGACAGUGAAGAAGAGUAUGAAAGCAGUGAGGAGGAGUGUGAAGAGGCGGAGCUUAAUGGCAAAGAGGGGGAGGAUGAAGAAGUGACACUGAGUCAAGAAGAAAUUCAAAGAUAUCAGGAUCUCGUGGGCAGAGGAAGACUUCACGAAGAAAAUGGAAAAAUAAAGAAAGCGUUGAGCUGCUACCUGACAGCGCUAGACAUUGACGCAAGCGACAGGACCCUGCAACGACGCACCUACAGACUGGCCCAACAGUUCAAGCAAAAGGCUGGCCUGUCGUAAAACCCAUGCAUCACAAGGUGGAGGGCAGGGUACCAUUUGGCAGUGAUCCAGUUUGGUAUUUUAACAGUACAUACCUGAAAUGAAGCAUGGUUGAGGUCACUAAAGGGAAAGCAGUACAGGUGUGCGAGAUCUGCCUUAUCAGCACCGCUGUGCAUUGACUCCCACACGUUUUGUUCUCCAGUGACCUCGUCUCUUUAAAAUAUCUAACUCGCUCAAUGCACAAACGUCGAUAAAGUUUCCCUCGUGAGUAACUUCUGAUUGAGUUGCGGUAAAAGGUAUGAUAAAAUUUAAGCUAUGUUAAUUUUAGUUCCAUAAAAAGACACAAUUUACUUUUUCUUUUCUUUUUUUGGGGUUUGCUUUAUUUUGGAAAAGAGAUAAAAUGCAUUUACCUUCCCUCAAUGAAAAUCUGUCAAAAGUUCACGAUUACAGCAUGCACUGAAAUCUACUUCCAGAUUUCUCGGCCACAUCUUUGGAAUCCGCAUUAUGAAACUGAUGUGUGAUUUUUUCAGUCUCAGCCAAAUUAUUCAAACAUGGUCUUCUUCAAUUAGGAGCCAGCUACCUGACCUCGGCAAGCUUACCAGAAUCGGUGAGCAAGAGGUCGAGGGUGCAAAUCCCACCCAAACUAGCUUGUCUAGAGCUGUGUCGAAUAUCCAAAUAACCAAAUAUUCCAUCGAUUGUCGAAUAUUCAAAUAUUUACUUUUCAAAUUUGAGAAUUCAAAUGCCAAAUUCAUGGAACGUAAGGGAAAUUUUUCUUUUGUUUUUAAUGAGAAAAAUUGCACUCGAGGAUUGGUUGAAGCAGUUUCAAAGGAAACUUGUCAGAAA